ACGGCCUUACGAACCGGUUCAAAAAAUUUUGAACCGAAACGUCGAAACCCAGCAGAAGAGAGCGGGAACUCAAUCCGAAUCUUCUGUCGCCGCCGGGUCGAUGUCGCCGAUGGCGGAGGAUCCCGUCCACCUGAGGAUGUCGGAGAUGCGGCACGAGUGCGGAAAGGAGAUGCUGAGCCGGCGGGAGAAUGCGAGCCUCGGCACCAGUUCCUUCCGCCACUCGCUCCCCUCAAUCCGGUCCUCGGCCGAGCUAACCCUAGCAGAUCGAGAAAAACUCUUCAAGCUGAAAGAUGACUUCAAUUGCUUGGAGGCUGAAUUACGCGAAGCUUUCUCAGCGAAGGCUGCUAAAGAUUCUAAAUCUGCUACUAUUGCUGAAGUCCUUUCUACCACAAUAUCUAGAUCUGAGCAACUGAAGAAGACAAUUACAGAACUAAGAAGAAAGAAAGAUGAGUAUGGUUCAACUAUUUCAAAACAAUUAGUUGAUCUGAAAGCACAAGAAGAGAAGAGUAAUCAUGAUAUGCUCGAAAGAAAAAAGAUAGAGGAGGCUAUUGAGUGGUACAGUAGGUUUCUUGGUUUCCGAGUUGAAUGUGGAGAAGGGGUCAAGUUCAUCUUUGACAAAAUUGAUGUGAAGAAUCCAGAUGAUGAGCACUCAUUCAGCAUCAGACUUGAAAAUGAUGCUUAUAAACUACUCGACUGCAAACCAUACUUGGAAGGUAUUCUUGAAUUGAUCCAGGUAUUGAAUAAAACAAAUAGCUUAUUCAAGUUUGCAAGAAUAAUGAGAGAGAAGUUCCAGGAUGCUGCUGCAUUAAAUGGAAUGCUACCUGCAACUAUGUUUGCAUUUCCAGAUCCGUCUUCAGUUACAGUGUCAUCGGCCCCUCCAAUCUCUGUGGACAGUAAAACUGAAACAACAGUGACACCAAAUGAUAUUCAUGUCCAAGAUAGUGAUUGUCAGUUUAAUCCUGCUAAAAAAAUCAACAAUAGCCAACCUGCAAAGCCAUCUCCGAGUCCUCUGCCUGCGCUUCACUCUGAGAUUGCGCGUCGUUCUCCACGUUUGCUGGAUUUUGGGAGCUCGUUGUGGCAUUACUUUCAUGCAUCUUCAGGCUUGGCAAGACGCGGUUGCUGAGCCUCUACGUAAUUAGACGACAUACUAUGCCCAUUAUAUGUGGCGGGUACUCUCGACAACUCUCCAGCUAAAGAAAUGACUACAUGUAAAAAUAACUCCCACUGUUUCUUUCUUUUUGUUUAUGGUGUCAUCUUUGAUAACCGAGGUUAAAGUAGUGCUGUGAUAUUAUUGAAACCGAAUUGCUUGAACUUUACCUAAACAUGCUUCUCAUUGUAACCAUAUAUUCAUGUUGAAAAUUGCCGAGUUUGUUAGUGAUCGCAAUUGACAAGUUUA